CAAGUGAAAUUUCAACUAGUCGAAUCUCAUAAGAGAAACUUGACUUACAGCUUCCAACUAAGUCAAGUUUCUCUUCGAAUAAUUUCGGAGAAACUUGAUUUAGUCUUCACUUGUGAGAUCUCUAUACUGUUCUUCAUCGAUCGUAGUUAAUGGAGAAGGAAAUGGAUCGUUCAUGAAUUAUCCUCACUGUAGUGCGCCCCUUUUAACUUUCAAGUGUGUGCAGUGAGAUCACGAUGAUGCGCAAGGUAUCCUCGAAGUGACAAGCGGAAGUCAAAGUCGAUCAUGAAGAUCAUGCUUGGAGUGUUUCUGAUCACCGUGGCGAGUGCUUUCGAUCACCAUGACACUUAUUCGUGGAAACACAGGGAGGAUUGUAAAAUUGCAACUGCAAGCCGAUCGAUUAUACCGAUCAAAAUUAAAGAAUCUCGUCUACAGCGUUCCGAUACAUAUCCAUCGAGAAGGUUAAAUCGGCGCGAGGACAAUGUUCUUCAAAACUCACCGAGAAGGUUCGCGAUGGUCGACGAUUCGAAUGAGCAUCACGAUCUCUGGAAACCCGAAACCACCAGGAUGAGACAAGAUCUCACGCGUGAGAAUCGAGCCAUUGAGAGCAACCUGAAAAACGUGAUAGGCAUACCGUCCAAGGUCGAACAGUAUCAGUACUUUUCGAAUUUUCCGUACGGCGGUGAUGAAACCACUGACGCCAUGUUGGAGAACACGGAUCAUCCGAAGAAUUCUAUGUUCUCUGAAGAUACUCAAGAUCAUUUUUUGAAUCAUAAUACAGAAGAGAUGGAUUGGAGCGGGCAGGAAGUAUUCGAAAAGAACCUGCAAAAUGAAGAGGAACAGGAAAUAAAUAUCCAAGAAGUACUGAAUGAAAUCAAACGAAAGAGAUUAAAUGGAGUGCAUGACGAAAUGGUAGACGGACAUCGACAGGGCAGAAAGAGGAAGUUGACCAGCCAGCAGCAAGGUGCCUUGCUAGUGGAAACGCUCAGGAAGAAGCGAAACUACACCAAUGAUCAUCGUGGACAUAACUCCAAUCUCCAGAACGGCCUUAUGGAGAUGUUGGGUAGAAUGAUACCGCAAACGUGCAAAUACAAAGGUGCGAGGUUUGAGUGCGGCCUCAGCAUUAGCUGCGUUUUUAGUGGUGGUCGACCACUCGAUUUAUGUUCCGGAGGUUUAAUAUGGACCUGCUGCGUGGACGACGAAGACGUACCCGAAAAAGUACCGCGACCGACUGUGGGUCUGUUACAGAAUGCCAGCUGUGGCGAGCUCUAUACGAGGAGUAAUAGGAUCGUAGGUGGACACUCGUCUAGUUUCGGUAGCCAUCCGUGGCAGGCCGCUAUUCUUAAGUCAGGAUUCUUACAAAAUAAGAAGUUGUCUUGCGGCGGCGCCUUGCUGAACAAUCGAUGGGUGGUCACAGCGGCACACUGCGUCGCGACAACACCAAAUAGCAAUUUGAAAGUUCGACUCGGGGAAUGGGACGUUCGAGACCAGUCGGAACGACUUGUCCAUGAAGAAUUUAAUAUCGAGAGAAAAGAGAUACAUCCGCAAUAUUCUCCUACCGACUUUCGAAAUGAUGUGGCUUUGGUGAAGCUGUCCCGGAUGGUAGCUUUCAAGCAGCACAUCGUCCCGGUUUGCCUGCCGGCGAGGAAUUUGAAGCUCUCCGGCCGAACCGCAACUGUCGCUGGUUGGGGACGAACCAGACAUGGUCAAACUUCGGCACCAACCGUUCUUCAAGAAGUCGACGUUGAGGUAAUACCGAACGAUAAAUGUCAAAAGUGGUUCAGAGCAGCCGGAAGAAGAGAAACCAUACAUGACGUAUUUCUCUGUGCGGGAUAUAGACAAGGCGGACGAGAUUCUUGUCAGGGUGAUUCUGGCGGACCGCUCACAAUGUCGGUGGAAGGCAGACACGUUCUGAUCGGUUUGGUUUCCUGGGGCAUCGGUUGCGGUCGCGAACACCUACCCGGUGUGUACACCAAUAUCCAGAAAUUCGUGCCCUGGAUCGAUAAAGUUAUGAGCUAAAACGGAGGAGCCUCAGUCCUUCGAAGGACGAAUUGUUUUAUCCGAAAAAAGGAAGAAAGAGCACAAAAAGAAGAAAGAAGAUAUAAAGACGUGAAGUUACCAAAGCUCUUAUCAUGCUUUCAAAGACUUUCACAAUCGUGCUCGAUUAUGAAGAAUUAGGCACUCUUUCGAAAGUGCCAAAAAAACAUAAUGAUUUUUAAAGCGUUGUUAUAUGAAGAUCAUUAAGUAUAUCCGA